UUGAGUUUACUGUCACAAUGGCGGCUUGUAAACCAGAUGCAGCUGAUUUGGAGGAAUGUAUCUGUUCCAUUUGCUUAGAACUGUUUAAUGUUCCAGUGAUGUUGGAUUGUGGACAUAAUUUUUGUAGGUCUUGUAUUGACAAAGUUUGGGAUAGCACAAAACAACCUUCCUGUCCUGAGUGCAGAGAAUUGUACCCAGACAAAAAGUAUGCAGUGAACCGACUCCUAGCAAAUGUGAUUCAGAAAGUGCAGGUGCAGAUGCAGGAGCAGAUAGCGGAGAUAACAGGCCCUGAGCACAAAGCAGUAAUGCUAGAACUUAAGCUUAAAGCAAAUCUUCUAGAGCUUGUAGGUAGAGGUGAGGCUGCAGUCUCUGAGAACAAAGCAGAGAGUUAUCCUGAGCCGAAUUCUGAUGGGCCAGACCCUUGGCAGAAAUAUACUGAACAGCGCUGUGUAGAACAUGGUGAAAUGAUGAAGCUGUUCUGUGAACAGGAUGAAAUUCUGGCCUGCUUGUUUUGUGUUCCUGAACAUCGUGGACACAACUUCCUGACUCUGUGGAAAGCAAUCAAAAUGUAUAAGGACAAGUUAACGAUGUCACUGUCUCACCUACAAUCCAAUCUGAAAUACUAUCAAGGAAUAAAGUGUCUGCAUGAAAAUAAGCUAUCAGAUGUCACAGCUGAUAGCAAACAUUUUCAGCUGCACAUAGCUGAAGAAUUUGACAAACUUCACCAGUUUCUCAGGGAGAAGGAAGAAAAACUGGUCCAACAGCUCAAGAAAGAAGAAGAUGAGGUUUUAAAACAAAGUCAGGAAAACCUGAAGAAAGUUCAGGAGGCUAUUAAUGCCAUACAGCAGUCAAUAUCUGAUAUCCAUUUAUUGCUGCAGCAACAGGAUACACUGACUUUUCUUAAGGAAAUCAAGCCAGUCACAAAGAGAUUGAAAAAAUGCGAGCAAAGGUGUGAAAAGCAAAGUAUUGAGGUACACAGUUUGAGUCAAGGGGUGUACAAAGGUCCCCUGCAAUAUGCUACAUGGAAAGAAAUGAAAUCCAUCCUUAAUCCUGGUUCUGGGGAACCUAUUACCUGUGUCAAUACCCCCAAAGAAAUGGAUUUGUUAUAA